UUCAUAUUAUACUUAGUGUCUAGGGCAUUUAAAUUCUUUUAUAAUUAGUUCAUUUGUAAGUUACAAACUUUGAAGCACUCGAAUUGUAUGGAUUGGGUUCACUGCAACAAUUGUUAUUACCGACCAGGUCAUCAGCCAAAGAAAGAAAUGAUCUUAACGUCAUGUGGUCACAUAUUUUGCAAGUGCUGUGAACGUUCAGCACAAAUAGAGCAUUGUAAAAUUUGUGGUGAAAGAGCCAACACAACAGCAUUAUCAUCGCAGAUGAUUGAACAAGUCAAAGCCUACUUCGAGGAGCCAGAGACAGGGCUUGCACUCAAAUUGAAGGUGAUGGAGUUUCAAAAGUCCCACAGAUUGAGGCUGGACCAGUAUCAUAAAACAGUGGUGGAAAAAUACCAAAAGCUAAAGGGUGAAUACCAAAAGCUGAAGAGUUUAUAUCAAAAGAUGGAGGCAGAGCACAGACAGAUGAAAGAGGAGAAUAUGAUGUACAGAAGAAGACUAAAUGCACCUCCAUCUGGUUCCUCUCUGUUCAGACAAAACAGUCAAGAAUCUCCGUUCAUUCGGACAUCGGAGAAAGAAAAUCGAGCGCCAAGUUCGCCUUUUUUUGUCACCCCGCCGAGACCUUUAUCUUCUAGUCAGAUAUACAGAAAUGUCAACACCCCAUCAACACCAAUGUCAGAUGGAAGUACUUCACCAAUCUCUGUGACUUCCAAUCAAAGUUACCGUAGCUGUGUCAGUGGCAGAAGCAGUCAGAAAAUGUAUCGGCCGGGACUCACUCCUCCAUUCAAUAGACUCAGCUUACUGUCUGUCAGCGCACAGCGAACCAGGGAAACAAGUUCAAGAAACCAACAUUAAAAGAAGUGGUGCAACUAGAGCCUUUUAGUUAGGUUUUUUGUUGUUCGUUUAGUUUUUCUAACUUCUAAGUGAUAUUUUCUUUUAUGUUAUUACUUUUCUUCCUAAGUGAUAUUUUCUUUUAGGUAAUUACUCUUCUUCCUAAGUGAUAUUUUCUUUUAGGUAAUUACUCUUCUUCCUAAGUGAUAUUUUCUUUUAGGUAAUUACUCUUCUUUCUUAGUGAUAUUUUCUUUUAGGUAAUUACUCUUCUUUCUUAGUGAUAUUUUCUUUUAGAUAAUUACUCUUCUUUCUAAGUGAUAUUUUCUUUUAGGUAAUUACAAUUAGGCAUUAUGGUGACCAGGGGAUUAAAUAGCUAACUGUUUUUGUUAAACUUAAAAUUUAGUCUUGGUAAUAGUGUCAAAAGAGUUUAACGUUUUGUAAACAUUAAUUUUUAUUUAAAAGAAAUAAUUAAUUUGAUUUCUAGUAAUUGACUUAAACAAGAGGUUAGUUCAGUAGUUUAAUGCAUUGUACAGGAUUGAAAACCUUUAGGUUAACUUAUUCAUGCUUUUUUCAGUUUAUUAUCAUAGAUAGAUAUCUUUAGUGUCAUGUUCAUAGUGUUAUUUUCUUGUUGCAUUAAAUUAAUUUAGU